UGGUCGGUAUUCCAAUGUUCUUUUCUUUUGACCAAUCAAAUUUAUCGUUACGAACACUGAACUGUCAUCCUUGGGCGCUGCCAUAUUGGUUUUCGGCGGUUGCGGCAUAUUUUGGUGAAAAACUUUGACAAAAAAUGCCCGGUCUUACAGUUUAUCCACCACCCCCGAAAAGUAGCAAACAGCAGGGCGUUGCACGAUCCCUGCUGUACAGUGGUUCAAAAUUUCAAGGCUUCCAGAAGAGCAGGGGUAAUUCUUACGUCGUAGAAGUUGAACUUCAGAAUGUGGAUGAAGAGAACAGCUACCUGUGCGGCUACUUGAAGAUCAGCGGGCUGACCCACGAGUACCCGGAGCUGGUCACCUUCUUUGAGGGAGAGAUCAUCAGUGACAAGCACCCUUUCCUGACGAGGAAGUGGGACGCGGAUGAAGAGGUGGACAGAAAGCACUGGGGCCAGUUUUUAUUUUUUUACCAGUAUGCCAAAACGUUCAACCUGGACACAUUUGACUAUGAAGCCCUCAACAGCACAGAUUACGUCUUCAUGAGGUGGAAAGAGCGCUUCCUGGUACCAGACCACAACAUCACGAACAUCGAGGGCGCCUCGUUUGCCGGCUUCUAUUACAUCUGCUUCCAGAAAUCCACAUCCAACAUUGAGGGCUACUACUAUCACAGAAGCUCGGAAUGGUACCAGUCACUUAACCUGACCCACGUCACGGAGCACAGCGUGCCAAUCUACGUUUUCCGGUAAAGUCCCCCCAAACCACCGCCAACUUUGUAUGUUUUGUACAGUUUAUAUAUAUUUUGGAUACGUGCGGCAUCCACUGUGCAGUUUUCAGGUCUGCCGUAAUGAAUGUAAAUUGUAUUGUGAUUAUUUAUGACGGAUACAAAGAUUUCGAUGGAAUAAUAAUAAUAACUAGAACUAUGUCUGUCCCAUGAACAGAACAUAGGGCUUUUCCGCAUUUGAAAUAAACAUACAUGUAUAUAUUUAAAAAAUAUUCUUUAUUGAUGAGGUCACUCAUGAUGCCAGGCACAUUUCUCACAAUUUGAACAUUUAUCUGCCAAUACUUUGGUAAGAAAAAUUGAAUUUAGUAUGUUGUGUUUGUUACUUUAACAACAAAAA